AUGUUUUUAGAGAUUUUUAUUAGACAACUAUCAAUAAAAUCAGCUUGGACUGAUUACUUUAAGCAGCUAGAUUACAUUCCUGUUACAGGAGCUAAUACAAGUGCUGUUACAACAACAAAUCAAAAUGUUUAUCUUUAUGCAACUACAGUUCAAAAGUUUACCACAAAAUUUCUUAAUGUAAGAGCUACAAGCGAUCUAAAAUUCUUACUUGAAGAAGUUUCUUUCAAUCAUAAUUUAGGAAAUUCACAACCUGGCAUGCUUUUCAUCAAAAUACCAGAUGGUGGCAUUGUCAUACUUCACAAAGUCAUAUGCUAUAACAAUACCAUCUCUAUUACUGGUGGAAGAGGCUCAUUUGCUUUUAUUCAAGCCGAUAACACAUCAAUUAAUUUAUAUUCAUCAUUAGAUGCAGACAGAUACCAAAAGAGUACAGUUGCCAACCUGAUGGCAAACACAUCUCUCGUAAUGACCAAUACAAAUAAUACGAGGUCAUCUUCAUCGAUAAUUGUCCUAUACAGAAAGGAUCCAACCAAGAUUUCAUAUUCUAGUUUCGAAAACAUGGAUAUUAUUUCAGUUAACGCUGUUCUUUGGCUUACUUAUACUACAACAUCGUAUUGUAACUUUAUUCACAAUACAAUCGUUUAUCCAACCAGCCAGGAUAACGCAAACAUCAGAUUAAACAAUGAUGCCGGGUCUUCGCUCAUCUCUUAUUGCUGUUUUACGUUAAAUGAUUGCGAUUAUGCAGUUUACUCGAUAAACCUGCAAUAUACAGUUAGUAGAUGCUAUGUUGACUAUGGUAGAUUCCAUGGUGCUAAAUCUACCGUUGUAUUCGAUUCAGUUUCGUUAGUUCAAUUGAAUCUUUUUGCAUCAGGUGCAAUUGAGGUAUCUAUACCAUCAACACCUUCACCAUCAGCAGCUCCAAACAUUUCCACGACUCCUGCCCAGAAUUCGACCACAAAUCAAGUGAAUCCUUACGAAAAAUUUAAUAAAAUCGUUAUAAUCGUAACGGCUGUCGUUUCCGUGGUCGUACUCGCCACAGUUAUCGUGUGGUUUGUUGUAAAGUGCGUCAGAUUCAGAAGAAUGAAGAAACAGUCGACACAAAGAUUAUUAAAGAGCGACGAUGAGAACGAUGAGGCCACAAAUGAGACAAAUGAAACAAGGGAUGUUGUAUCAACUAAUAGCGCUUGCUUGAAGUCAACUCCAACAAACCAAGCAAACGCAAUUUCAACAAUUAACCCUGGAGACUUACCUGACUCUGAACACUCAAUAAAAAUAGAACAGAGUGACUCAGAUUAA